UGUACCAUUAGCCAUAACUCAUCUGCCAAGUCUGUUUCUGCUUGCCUGCCUAACCUGCCACUACUCAAAAACUCUGUGUCCAGGUGAAUAUCGGGUUCAACCGGCAUUAUUCACGACAUGUUCAUCAGAAACUGGUUUAAACUGGUUUCUGUCAGACAGGAGACAGACGUCAGGUGAGCUCAGGUCACCUGGUUGGUCCACGUCCUCCAACAACCUGCUGGACCUUCUUCAGUCUGAACACUGAGAGUCCUCCACCAGCAGGAGACCCAGAGACAAGGAGGAGACAGUCAUGUGACCAUCAGAGCUGCUGCUGCUGUCUGUCCAACUCAUCUUGUCCUUUGUUGUCCUCUAGGAUACAACGUGGUGGUGGAAUCAGGGAAGGAGUCUGUCCUGCUGUCCUGCAGAACCAGACCACUCCUGCCUGGAGAUGCUAGAGUGGAGUGGAGGGAUGACAGAGACAGGAAGGUCCAUGUGUACGAGAACGGUUCUGAUCGUCCUGAAGAACAGCACCAGUUCUACAGAAACAGAACCAAGAUGAAGAGAAACCUGCUGAGAACUGGAGACCUCAGUCUGACUCUGGAACACCCCACAGACACUACAAGCUACAUGUGCAUUGUCUCCAACAGGGAGGGAAACAUCCUGAUGAAGAAGCAAGUUAAUCUCUGGGUCAAAGUCCAUCAGGUGGAGGUGGAGGAGGGGGCGGAGUCUGUCCUGCUGCCGUUCAAAACAACAUCUGAGCUACCAGGAGAUGCUGAAGUGGAGUGGUGGGACAGAGAAGACAAGAACGUCCAUGGAUAUGACAAUGGUUCUGAUCAGCUUGCAGAACACAGCCAGUUAUACAGAAACAGAACCAAUGUGAAUGCAGACCAGCUGAAAACUGAAGACCCCAGUCUGACUAUGAUGCGUCUCACAGAGAUAGACGGUGUAGAAUACGAAUGUGAAGUCAGGAAAGACAGAGAACUGCUGACAUGGAAAAAGGUUCACCUCAGAGUCAAAGAAUGUCAGGUGGAGGUGGAGGAGGGGGUGGAGUCUGUCCUGCUGCCGUUCACAACCACACCUGGGCUGCCAGGAGAUGCUGAAGUGGAAUGGUGGGACAACGAAGACAGGAAGGUCCAUGUGUAUGAGAACGGUUCUGAUCGGCCUGGAGAACAGAACCAGCUCUACAGAAACAGAACCAAGAUGAAGAGAAACCCGCUGAGAACUGGAGACCUCAGUCUGAUCUUGACGUGUCCCACAGAGGAGGACAGUGGAGAUUACGAAUGUGAAGUCAGGAAGGACAGAGAACUGCUGACGUGGAAAAAAGUUCAUCUCAGAGUCAAAGGUUUGAAGACCAGAGGAGGCCUGAAUGAUUCAGUAACUAAGGUGAAUGACUAUGAGAAGUGUUCUCCUGAGGACCACACCUGCCAGAACCUUAAUCCUGCAGUAUGGACCAGAACCAGACCUACAUGAAGCUUGAACUGGUCAAAGAGGAGGCUGGAUUCAGAAUUUGAGCUAGGACAGCAGUUUUCUCACUGAUGCUGAAUCAUAAAGAAAAUGAGAGAACUAAAAUUAUGAGCAGAAAUGAUGCAAAAACACAAAUGACUUAUAAUUGUUUUAGGAUUGAUUUUAAACUUUUACUGGUUUUAAAAUCUCUUAGACUCUGUCCUUAGGGAGGACUUGCACAGCGACCGCUGUCUAAAAAAGGCACAACCCAUCACAAAGGACACUUCUCAUCCUGGACAUUCUCUGUUUACACUGUUGCCUUCAGGCAGACGAUACAGAGCAAUCAGAACAAGAACCAACCGUUUUAGAGACAGUUUUUACCCGACAGCAAUAACAAAACUAAAUGCAACCAAAAAUAACCAUUAAUUAUCAUGGAUGAUGUGUGUGAGAAUGUGCUAUU